AUGCCUGAUUUUGGAGAUGAUGAAUACAAGCAUAUGCUUUGUGUGGAGGCUGCAGCAGUGGAAUACCCAAUUACAUUGAAACUUGGAGAGGAAUGGAAAGGGAGGAAACAACUUUUGGUUGUUCCUUCAAGCUAUUGCAGUGGGAAGCUUGACCCCCACAUACAUUUGCUUUCAUCUUCCAUGGAUAAAACUGUGCGAUUAUGGCAACUGUCCAGCAAAUCUUGUUUGAAGAUCUUCUCUCACAGUGAUUAUGAUGCAAAAGUUCGCAUAUGGAGUAUUCCUGAUACACAAGUUGUUGAUUGGAAUGAUUUGCAUGAAAUGGUCAUUACUGCUUGCUAUACACCAGAUGGUCAGAUAAGGAAGGUAGAUCCGACUUGGGACAUGGAGGCUGAUGAAGGAGACAAUUACACACAUAUUCCAGUAAGAAACAGAGUUGGAUGA